GUUGUCUCUUUUGUUGAUAGUUCCAAACUUCUCUCUGAUACAUAUUUCCACUGACGCUGAGUUUUGGUGUGAUUCUAUUGGCGUAGGGAAGGUGAAAGUAAACUUGAGGGGGAACAUGGUUGCUUUCAUGCAAAUACAAGGGACAACACAAAAAGAGGAACCGAUGUGAAAUGAGAAACAAGACAUUGUUCAACCAAUUGUGAGAGUUGAUUCACACCGAGACGAGAUUGGCAAAACGGACUACUCUAGUUCCGAAAUAUAUGAUUAUCGAUAGAGAUUUCUGAACUAGAUGAGAGCGGUCGGUUUGUCUCUUCUUCCACUGAAAACUAUUGAAACAACUUAUUGUCUCUGCGAAAACAUCGUAGGAAUCGGUAAAGAGGCGGGCGUUUGUAAGUUUUGAGAUAAAGAUACAGUAGUCUCGUUUACGUGGACGAAGAAAUUCAUCUCAGGUUAUUCCGGAAGCUGCUGAAUAGAACGCAGACAGACUAGAGAUGGGUGACUGGAAUCUCAGCAUUGGGACUUUGAGUGAAGGAGCUCAGAGCAGGUUAGCUGACAUGCUGGAUAAUGCUAAAUGUGGAUGGAGACAACUUGCCAAUGUUGUCACUGAGGAACCUCGAUUCCGCUGCAGUGAGAAUGAGAUGACCAGCUGUUCGCUCCAGGUGCUCAGCCCGACAGGCAGCCCCAGCCGCUACCUCCUAGAGAGGCUAUCUGAGCGCUCCUGCACCCUGGGCUUUCUGCUGCACUGCCUGAAGAAGAUGGAGCACCAUGAAGCUGUGCAGUACCUCACUGCUAACGUGAUGGAGCGGUUUCAGAUCACAGUGCAGCCCCAGGCCCAGCAUGCUACAGAGGGAGGCAGGGUUGUGCUGGUCUGUAAGGCCAUUGGUCCUGCUGCUAUGGGCUACCAGUGGUUCAAAGGCAAAGAAGAGGUGCUGGGUGGAAGUGGUCCAGAGCUGGUCCUUUGCCCUUUAACCCCAACCCACCAGGGACACUACAUCUGCCGGGUCAACCAUGGAGAGAACUUUGUCUUCUCCCAGUGGGCACAUGUCCGCAUUGUCAGGUCAGCCGGCUCCAGCACAGGUGUCAGUAGCAGCUUCUUCCCCACCUCAGUGAGUGGAGUGCGUAUUGUUCGUCAGCCCCGGCCCCAGGUAGUAGCUGAGGGGGACUCCUUGUGCCUGGACUGCUUUGCUGAGGCCAACCCUCCUCCUCAGUACCAGUGGUACCACAAUAAACAACCAAUGCCAACGGGCAAGAUAAGCACCCUGAGGAUACUGUGUGUGACCACAGCAGAUCGAGGAAUGUACAGCUGCAGGGUGUUCAAUCUGUACCAUGAGGUGUGGAGCGACCAGGUCCAUGUCAAAAUAGACCCUGGUUCCUCCAUUGAUGCCUCCUGGGGAGAAAUAGACCCUGCUGCCACACCUAGCCCUGCCAGGCAGAUAAGUAAAUUAUAUGCCACGGACAAGGUGGCUCUUCUGAUGGGCAACAUGAACUACCUGCACCACAGGCCUCUGCGAGCGCCCAUGGCUGACGUGCACGAGAUGACCAACCUGCUGCGCCAGCUGGACUUCAAGGUGGUUUCUCUGCUGGACCUCAACUGGCAGGAGAUGCACAGCGCUGUAACUGAGUUCCUACUGCUGCUCGACCGCGGCGUCUAUGGGCUUCUGUACUUUGCGGGUCAUGGUUAUGAGAACUAUGGGAACAGUUUCAUGGUGCCCAUUGAUGCCCCGGCUUCUUAUACCUCAGAGAACUGCCUGUGGGUGCAGGAUGUGCUACAGCGGAUGCAGGAGCGAGAGACGAGCCUCAAUGUAUUUCUAUUGGACAUGUGUCGCAAAAGAAACUUGAACGACGGCGUCCCUCCACAGCCAGGGCAACUGAAAGUGACCGCAAACAUAGUGUUUGGUUAUGCCACGUGUGUGGAUGCAGAGGCCUUUGAGGUGAACAAAGACGACCUGUCCAAUGGAAUCUUCAUUAAUUUCCUCAAACAGAGAGUCAUGGAGGACGAGAAGGUCACUGUCAUGCUGGACAGGGUGGCCGAAGACAUGGGUCGGUGUGAGAUCACACGAGGGCGUCAGGCUCUAGAGUUACGCAGUAAUCUUUCUGAGCGGCGUGCUCUCACUGACCGCAUCCAGAGCUCCGGCUGCCCGGAGACCACCUCGGCACGCAACCUGCAGUGGGCCAUAGCACACGUUCUUCCAAAGAGCCGUAACCUGCAGUUUGACUGUGGCGUAACAGUGCAGCUGGGCUUCGCAGCAGAGUUCUCCAACAUCAUGAUCAUCUACACCCGAAUAUUGGAGAACCCCAAGGAAAUUGCGUCCUGCUCGGCCCAUCUCACAGACUUCACUGAGGGUUUGGAUAUGGAUCUGAAGAUGAGUAAUCAGGAGAACCUCCUAGAUGCAGGGAGUUUACUGCCAAUGGAGAUCCUCCUGCCUGCAGAGCUUCCAGGCCUCUACACCCGCCUGAAGGGACUGCAGAGGCUUAAGAAGGAGUUGACAUUCACUGUGUGCCUUCAGUAUAAGUAUACAAACUUGGAUGAGGAGGUCCAUGAGAGGCAAACUGUCACUGUGGGCAAACCACUGGUAUCCAAACUCAAUCUCCACGAACCUCGGCUUCCCCGCUCCUACUCGGCCUCCUCCUCAUUCGACCUUCACUCCUUCAGCCAUUCCUCCUCCUUCCCAGAGGGCUUUGGGCCAAGCUUCCCUGCCUCAGAGACUUCCUCCAUUGGCUCAGCCUCCACCACCUGGUCAUAUUACUCACAGCCAGGAGUGUCUGCCACCCCAUCUUCGCCCGGGAAGUUAAAUCUACCUGUGGAGGAUGACAGUCCAGAGUUGUUUGAUUCUGACGCCCCCCAGCCUCUCACCACAAGCAAAAGCCUGCCUCAUGGUCAAGUAGAGGACCUCACAUAUCGGUUCAGUAACAUGCACAACUUCCAUUCAUGUUAGUCAUGUCAAUUUGCAGUGUUGUAAGCCGUGCAACCCAUUGUUUUUUGUCCACAGACCUACACAUUAACUUAUAGUGCAACUUACUUUACAACAAAUUGAUCCCAUGACCUGCAUUGUUUAUAUGUUAAAGAAUAUGUAUAGAAAAACUGAUGUAAUCUCAUUUUUUUUAGCUCAUGUAAUGGGUGUUUGUCUUAAUGUUAUGAACAUAUAGUGCCUUAAAGCAUAACCAUUUGGGCAUGCUGUUAAUACAUUUCUUUCACAUCUUUCACAUGGUGGAUUUAACUUUCUUUUUUUUUAAACAGACAUAAAUAACUUAUUAAAAUGUGUUUGAACAUUUUGA